AUGGCCGCAACAUUGCGACAGAUCCCAGAGUGCAAGGAGGGCGCCUCGGCAGAGAUCAGAAGCUACGACGACUGGAUGCAGUGGGCUGCGCGACUGCCGACGGCGCAAGGAAUUCCGAAGAUUGUGAUGCAGGCAUGGGUCACUGAUAGUGUCCCAGGUGCCGUCACUGGCCAUAGGAAAGGGCAUGGAGAAGGCGGCUUCGGUCCGCGGUGCUCGGUGCUGGAGAUGCAGUGGCGUCGACAGUGUCCGGAGCACACGUACGUCUGGCUGACGGAGGCGAGUGCGCGCAAAUUUCUGCAGGCUCGGCGGAGCAGGGCGCUCGCAGCUUUCGAAGCUCUGCGACCUGGCGCAUUCAAGUCCGACUUGCUUCGCUACGCCUGGCUCGCAGAGCAUGGUGGCAUCUACUUGGAUAGCGACGCAGCGCCGACAGCUUCGAUGGCAGGGAUCCACGUUACCAACAUCUCGCUUGUGGUCGCACGCGACAACCGGCUGGGAUUCUUCUUGCAGAACAACUUCAUCGCCGCUGCGCCGCGACAUCCGGUCAUGGAGCUGGCUCUCGAGAUUGCUGUGUCGCAAGUCGAGCGGCGAGCAACGCGCGCCGUCACGAUCAUAGCGAACGGACACGCCUUUUUUGACGCCUUCGACUUCCAUACGAUUGACUACAACUACGGUGCAGCGCAGUAUGUCACGCGUGACGAUGCAUUUGCAACGCGUCUAGUGGACUCCUCAGGGCCGUCAAGCCCACCUGCUGAAUCGUGGGCAGUGGUACGCAUUGAAGACUUCCUCGGUGCUCCAUCACGCACCACGGCGCCACGCAAGCGCAAGUCGGUCAAGCUAAUCUCUAAGCGCAGCUGGAACAGAUUCCUAGUUGCCUUGAGCGUCACGCAUGUGCCCUUCGGCUGUGGCGUGUGGCCCGCCUUUUGGAGCCUCGGCACAGGGGUGCAAUGGCCGCACGGGGGCGAGCUUGACAUCCUCGAGGCGCUCGGAGAGGACCGGAGCAAGGUCUCCUGGCAUUCCAGUCAAAGCUGCGUGUUGGGCCAUCCAGCCCGCUAUCUGGACCAGAAUCACAUGAACUACGAAUGUUCUACGGAUUACUUCCACAAGCCGCCGAAAAUGGGCUGCGCACCAACCGCAACGCACGCGAUGCGGACAGCAGCGCAGUGGUCUAGCUCCCCAGGUGUCUUUGCCGCGGAAAUGACCAGCGAGGGCAUCCGCGUGUUCUUCAUCCCGUCACUAGAGCUGCCGGAUUCUGGCCUCGACAUCGACCAGCCUGACCCGAGAGGAUGGCGUCGCUGGGAAAUCGGCGCCUUCCCGUUGGCUGCAUCGGAGGCGGCCACACCCGGGUCUUGCCCUGAUCCCGAGAGGCUCAACACCCCGCACCAGUUCAUCAUUAACACAGGGCUGUGCGGAGAUUGGCGAGAGUACCACGAGUCGAGGUGGCACUACGACUUCUGGCGAUGGCACCUGCCAUGCGCGGCGGCGACACACGGCACUGGCUGCACGAAUGGGAUUUUGCGGGGUCACAAUGACUGCUGCAUCAACUAUGCCGGCAGGAAAACCGUCUCUGUGCGAGCGCGUCGCCGCGUGCAGGAGAAGCAACGACUCGCCAACCGGCCUCUCGCUGUGUCUCCGCCGCCGCAACUCCGCCGCGGUCCGUCUGUGGGGUGGUUUGGGCAGCUGAGUACGAACUGCGGGAUGGCGUGCGGGCUUCUCCUUUUUGCUGUAUUCCUCGGUUGCCUGCCAUCCGUCGGCGGCACGGCAACCGUCCCCGUCAGCCGCACCGUCGUCCGCGGCCGCCACAUCCUCACGAGGAAGGAGUACCUCGACACCUUUGCUGGCGACACGGCUGGGUGGGCACAAUACAUGGAGGACCAGUACUUUGCCGAGCAGGGCGUGUCCCUCACGGCCGACGCCGAGGAGCGAGUCAGCAACAAGCCAGGGGAGACGCUCGGUCAGGCGAAGAGCCGGCUCUUCUUCAAUCGCGUCCGCAAACCAAACAUGCAUCCAACCGAGCUCAGCCAGGCCGCAAACCAGUCCCGAGUGCAGAGGAAGCGAGAGAGCCCUGAGCAGCGCGACAAGGGAAAGCGAGACGACCGCACACGGCGGCAGACCAAAAGGGCGAGGCAGGCUGCCGCUCGCCCCGCCCGCCGCGCCUCCGAAAUACUCAAUGGCUCGCUGCUGGUCGAGGGGAGCGACGUUGGCAAGCUCGCUCUCACAAAGGAAGAGCAGAGCACCUCCACCACGUGCGCUGGCUGUGGCGCCGAGCUGCUUCCAGGCGAGGUCACCUCGUCCAACCCUACUUACGGCUCCAUAUGCUGCAAGAAGAACAAGGUCUCGCUCCCGCCCAUCUGCAUGCCCUGUCCGGAAGUCACCAAAUUGUGGCACGAUGCUGAUGGCGUCGUCGGCAAGACACUUCGGAAGUUUGCCCGCGCCAUCAACAACACGCUAGCAUUCGCCUCGCAAAAGGUCAAGCGGCCGAACAAUCUUCCGGGCUCAAGCACGUGGAGUCCGACCGUCGUGAUCCAGGGCAGAGUCCACCACUUCAUCGGGUCCCUCGCUCCGAAUGACAACCAGUCGAAACAAUUCGUUCAGACGUACAUCAAUGACCCGUCCAUGAGCGAAUGCCAACAGAUCGACUAUCGAAUGGGCGCGAAUGUGUGCGGGCCGUCGACAUCGGCCGUCGAGACGGGCAACUCUCUCGAGGCGGGCAACUCUUCCGACGAGGACGCCUCUCACUGCGAGACGCUCGGGGCCGACGACUCCUCCGAUGCGUCCUACACCGACGGCGACUCCUCCAGCAUCGACUCCGAUGUCGGCGGCGCCUCCGACGAGGACAGCGACGCGUCUUGGUUGCCCUCCGACUAG